AUGAGCACGGUGCCCUCAGGAGAGGCCAGAGCUGCCAACCAGCCCAAACAGGAUGGCACUCCCAAUGGCCCCAUGCAGAGGUCCCAAGGUCAGUUCCCUGCAGACGUCCCUGCAGCCAGCGGCACUGCAGCAUCAGCCGCACAGCAGGAUGUAAGUCAGGCCCCUGUCACGUCAGCCACCUCUGGGGACAAAGACAACAAACCAGAUGUUGUUCCAGAGCAAAGCAAGAAGCCCAAACAGGUCGCGGCAGCUCUGUUUGUCCCCCAACCCCCAGGGGCUCUGCAAACGUCCAUGAGUCUCAACAACCCCAAGAGGGACAGGCCACCCCAACAGCAUCAAGACACAAAGGCAACACAGAGUCUGCUGAUUUUCCAGCACGGCGAGAAAGAGACACCACAAACCGGGAGGGUCACCAACAGGGAGUUGGACUUAGCCCCAUCUCCCCUAAGUGUCGAGGCACAGUCCCCCCAAAAUGUGGAGGUUCUGCCUGCCUCGCUCUCUGCCAGGUGGUCUGCUGUGGAUGCCAAUGGUCAGUCAGAUGCCCAGGAAGCCGGCAGCACAGCGGCUGUGAAGGGGACGCCCGGGGAACCACAGGCCUGGAACCCGGAGGCUGACGUGUCGCCGUCAGAGGAGCCCCAGGUGGUGAUGGAGGUGAACUUGGCAGACAGCUCAAAAGACCCCUGGCUUUGGUCUUUCCCUCCCACCCCAGUAGGCAGCAUGCCCCAGUUGCCUGACUUGCAGGAGGAGGCCCUAGGGAGGAGGCCCCUGGACUCCAGCCUGUACCUGGCCGACGAGGAGAACGACUACAUGCGCUCCAUGACCAGCCUGCUGGGCGGUGGCGAGGGCUCCAUCAGCUCCCUGGCGGACAUCCUGGUGUGGUCUGACGCCGCCAUGGGCAUGGCCACCAGCUUCCUGGGCUCAGGCCAUGGCUCCGUGUCCGACCUGCUCCACAGUCCGGGGCCCAGCCUGCGCCCCGUGUCCAGCCUCCUGGGGAACGCCAGCUCAGCCUUCUCCUCGGGGCUGGCCACAGGCACCGGCUCGGCCUUCCGCUCCGUCACCAACAUGCUGGGGGCCAUGGAACGGAGGACGGUGGAGGGCAUGCGCUCGGCCAUGCGCUUCUUCAGUGGCCUCUUUGCCCCACACCGGGCCCCGGCCAGCCCCAACUGCGACUAG